AAUGAACUUCCUGUUUGUAAUUUUUCGUCUGCAAAACAAAAAUAGAGAGCUACCCCUUCAUUUAGUAAAAUACUAGCCAAGUAAAGAUUGAGUUGAUACCAAAAACAUUAUUUCUGCAACAUGGCUGUAAAUACAAUACAGUUGUGAUAUUGUAUUAUCUAGUCACUUAAAUAUCAUCUGCUAAUAUGGCAGGAAACAGGAAAAAGAUGGAAGGUACAAGGAUGCUGCUUGGUAAACAACCUGCCAGAAUGUUGUUGGUUGACACAUCCUUUCCCCUAUUUACAUUUAGAGAAGUGGUCAAUGAUUUAUGUCAGACCUUAGAGAAUGUCUUCUCUGUUGCUACAAACAUUGGUGGACCAUCAAGGAUGCCAUUUUUCAGUCUCAUGUCUCUGGGAUCGUAUCCAGAGUUACAUCUUCCUUUGUCACAUGUUAAGAAUAACUACAGCAGAAUACAAACAUCUAUCUCUGACCUUUAUGAUGGUAUCCAGGACAAAGGUCAAAGUCAGAUAGAGGGUAGAGGUUGUAUAGUACAGGGCAUACAAGAAGCAUGUGCUCAUUUUCACAGACAGAUGAAAACCAUGGUCCCUCAAACAGGCGGUCUAUGUAAUCAGUUAGAAGUUAUCUUGAUGACAUGUCAGCAAGGACACAAAGUUCAAAAGCAGAUUGAUGAAGCUAUUAUGUUAAUGAAUCUGGAAAAUGUAAAGAGAAUACAAGUUGUGGUAUUUAAUGUCGGAAUAGACUAUCCAACAAAUGAAGAAUCAGACAUUGUUGGAAGUCAAAACAGCCUUGUAUCCAAUAUAUCCAAUAACAGUAGUCUAUCAGGGGGACUGGUGGAGGUUCUUAAUCUUGAUCCAGAUGCCUUAAGUUUACAGAAUUUUUUCAACAGUUGGUUAUUAGAUAGCAGUACAGAGAGUGAACAUUUACAUAUUAUACUUCCUGCAUCAGUAACUAAUGAUAAAAGUGUGGUGAUUAAAUGUGACUUAAGAGAGAGAAUACUUAACCCAGCACAGCUUCCUUUCUAUGGAAAUUUUACUGUCCAUCCUGACUCUGCCACAAUGAAGACAUUUCCAUCCACCAGUAAAGCACUAGGAAUGUCUAUCCCUAUCUACAAGAUCAAAAUACUUGGACUUCUGUCUUCACAAGAUUUGUGUGAUUCUAUUGUAUAUGGAAUGCCAAUGAUAGCUUUAGCCACAAACUGUUGGAAAAUAGAUUGGGAUGAUCUGGAGAAAAAUCAACAGCUAUUUAAAGCAUUAUGCUAUAAGCUGGUUGAAAAAGAUCAAGUGUUGAUAGGAGAAUUAGAAAAUCCUGUACCAAACAGAUCACGUUCAGACCAGGAAGUAAAACCCAAUGGAAGCUUUGUUUUCUUGCCUGCUCCUAAUGGCACACUGUUGGUUAAAUCUAUUGCUGUACAGGAGUUGUUACUUCCAUGUCAGACAGGGACAUCCCUAGAUGGUGCCACAGAAGAAUCUUUAGAACUUAUAAGUUCGUCCUUACAUCAGAUUGAAGAAUUUGAUAGUUAUAACCCUCUGAUGGCCUCUUCAGGAUUAUAUCAAUGUUUGAAGAAUAAAAACAAAAAGCCUGAACCUAAACAGCAAAAAAGAAAAACAGAAAAUAAUACUAAUAGAGAAGUGUUAACAUCGUCAUCAAAGUACAAUACCAACAUACAAAUGACAGGAAAAGCACCAAGGGCAUCUCCAGUUUCUACGAGUGUUAAAAGACUGAGACCAUUGCUAAACAUCUUCCCAACAGACUUGUGAUUAACAAUUAAAAGGCUUACACCAUUGCUAAACAUCUUCCCAACAGACUUGUGAUUAACAAUUAAAAGGCUUACACCAUUGCUGCUAUCUUCAAUACAGACUUGUAAAUAACAAAGAGGUGUAAAAACAUAGGUCUGUCUAUUUUAAAAGACUUACCCUGAAUGAGAGUGUAUCAAACAGUCUUUAUAUUUCUUAUGCCUUGUACCUAUGAGGUAGCAGUUGACUACCAGAAUUUUAUUGAUAUGUUAUUAUUAAAUUAAUAUCUGCUAUAUAUUUGUGAAUAUAUUAUGUUAUGAACAAUGAAGAUAAGGUCCAUAAUUAUACAUGUUAUGUAAGUUAACAGAGUAAGAUAACCUUGAAAAUAAUUAUAUAGUUUUUAAUUGUUAUUUGUUAUUUGUUUAUUCUGAUUAUGAUGUUUUAAUAAAUUUGUUAAAUAUUUA